UUUGUGCCCCACAGCCCCGCGGCCGCUGUGCUGCAGGCCGACCGGGAGAAGCUGCGGGAGAUGCAGAAGCAGCAGCCGCGCUUCACGGAGGAGCAGAAGAAGGAGCUGGCCGAGGUGCACCCUUGGGUGAAGAAGGGGCUGCUGCCCAAGGCCAUCAAUGUCACGGCCUGCGUGGACUGCGGCAGUAACCCGGCCUCCCACCUGGCGCCCCUCUACGACACGGAGCCGCACGCCAUGGAGCUGAGCGCCACGCUGGAGCCCAUGGAGGAGGGCAGCAGUGCCCCCCCCUGCCCAGACAUGGCCAUGGAGGAGGAGGAGGCGGGGCAGCCGGCCCGGCCCGAGGCGGGCACCGAGAACGCUGGCUGAGGCCCCGGCCCGCCUCCUCGCACACUCCCAGGCAGCGCCGGCUGCCCCUCGGAGCCGGCCACCGCACGGGAUGGACCAGAAGUGCCAGCCCAGCCCUGGCCCCGGGACUCAGCCAGGCCGAGUGCAGAGCCGAGCCGGGCCGUGCUCCGGACCCUACCCUGCCCGCAGGCGCCCCCGGAGGCCGGGGCUGGCCCUGCGCAGGGCGAAGUAUUUAUUUUUGGAACGUGUUUUUUGUACGAAAAGGCGGGACAAUAAACCGCAGCCACGGCUGUCCCCCGUGGGCGGCGACGUCCCAGCAA